AGGUAUAGGCCUAGUUGUAUCAACAUGAAGCUGUUCUUGGUGGUCGCCGUAGUCCUGCUUGUGGCUUACACACAGGAGACAAAGGCUUGGGAGGACGGAGACAAGGCACCGACUUACAAAGAUUGGAAGGAGGCCACGAAAAACUAUUUGGACUCCAACGGUUGCAGUUGCUCAAGUGGGUCGUGCAAAUGUUGCCUCGGAUUCAAGGUCGUUGGCAAAAAGAUCAAUGCCUGCGCUACGAUGGAGUACAGUGCCAACAGUAUUAAGAUGGCUCUGAAGUUCCUGGGAAGUACUGUCACUAGUGCUUCAUUUUUAGUAACUGACGACAAGUAUGAAUCUUGCGGCAAAAAGAGUGGCAUCAAGGUAUGCGUGUCUCUGGUCGACGUCAGGAAGACUUCCAACUCUUUCUCGGCCAAAACAAAGAUCAAGGUGAAGGGUGUGGGUAGCAAAACCUCUGGCAGAUUUACCCUCCAGUGGUAGAUGGUGCGCCAUCUGCCAACUAUGCAGCUAACAGGCAUAGUUGGUAACAAUUUUGCCUUCAAAUCUAGCAUGGCAAAAAGCAUACACUGUAACAUUCUGCUAGAUUAGCUGUCAACCUUACUUGUUUGAAGUCUCAUCAAUAUAGACGAAUCCUGAUAUUACUGCGAGCCAGGCCUUCCUGUUCGCACGCAGGUGGUACACGCGCGUUACAUUCCUCUCUGACCAUUAGGGUAUCUAGACCACCUGCCAAGGUGCUCUCUCGCGCGCGCUGAAGUUGAGACAUCCGUGAGUGCGAUGUCCUCCCCGCAGAAAACGGUGUCUCGUGAGAUUUGUCUAUAACAUGUGUUACACUAAGUUGAUUUUGAUUGUUAGACUUGAUUCUGUUUAUAGAAACACCCCCGUCAGGAACUUCGAACUAAUUUGAAAAUAGACUUCCCCACCUCUCAGCCUAGUGACCACUGUUUCGUUCACCGGCUGUGUGGCUACAAUCCGUGAAUAAUAAACGGGAAAACCAAAACAAACAUUGAUUUCCCCUUCUUUUUUGUCCUUCCAAACUUAAUUUGCUAAAUGUAUUCCAUUUUAAAGGCGAUCAUACAAUGUUUGAGAGGGCACAGUAAAGUAUCGAGAUGGCAUAAGUGAAUUUAUGUAAUUCAGGACAAACGAGUUUGUGGCGACGGUUCUGAAAAACUGUCAAGCCGUAAGAAGAAGGCUAUAUUUAGUGUGCCGCAUAUAAAGAAAUGGAAGACCACUUUCUCCGUCAGAGCACAUGUAGAAAUUACAUCACACCCAAUGAAGAUGACUGCCACAUUGAAUCGUGUGACAGACCCCUUUACUUUUAGCUGCUUCUCCAGAACUUUGUAAUACUCCACUUUUACAAAUAAUGGUAUUUUGCUUCCUGUAU